GGUAGAUACAUGCACACAUCUGGUUGCACUGAAAGAAAGGAAAACACUGAAAACUGCCACUUUGUUACCUCAAUAUUAAAGUACAGCUCCCCCUGAUUCCUGCUUACUCUUGUUUCAGCUGGAAACAUAAUGUUCCCUCGUAGAAACAGUACGUUUCAUUCCUGCAGAGCCCUCCGCUGCAGCUUCUUCUUUUAUUAUUGCAGCGUGUUUAGUUUCUUCUGCAAACAGAAAACAGUUUACCUGCUCAGAACGUCAAACACGUCCAUGCUGGAAUAUAUCAUCCAGAUUAUCUGAUGGGAUUGCACUUAUGUUUUACCUGCAGUGUGACUGUCACUUACAGGCCACAGCAGAGCAGAAUAAGAUUGACGUCUUCUGCUAAAUGUCCCUCUGAAAGUUUCCUUUAAAUAUCAAACAUAUUCAGACUGCUGACGACACCAGUGAAACAAGGCUGCCGCCUCAGGCGCUCCCCGUCUGUGGGGCAACCACAAAUGCAUUGUCUGGUUCACUUUAAGUCUCGUAUAACAGGGAUACUAAUCAUUUCCUCUGAGCCUCUUCUGCCUCCUCAUCUUGUUUGUCUGUGUCCCGUCAGCGAGGACGUAUGCAAACGUGGCUUCACUGUCAUCAUUGACAUGCGAGGUUCAAAGUGGGAGCUGAUUAAGCCUCUGCUCAAGACGCUGCAGGAGUCUUUCCCAGCUGAGAUCUGUGUGGCUCUCAUCAUUAAGCCCGACAACUUUUGGCAGAAACAGAAGACGAACUUCGGGAGUGCAAAGUUCUCUUUUGAGACCAACAUGGUGUCAGUUGAAGGUCUUGCCAAGCUAGUGGAUCCCUCCCAGCUCACAGACGACUUUGAAGGCUCGCUGGACUACAACCACGAGGAGUGGAUGGAUCUCAGGGUGUCAUUGGAGGAGUUCAUGUCCAAUGCUGUUCAUCUGCUGUCCAGACUGGAGGAUCUGCAGGAGCUCCUGUCCAAGAAGGACUUUCCUGCAGAUGUGGAAGGCUCUCGGCGACUGAUAGAGGAACACACCCAGCUUAAGAAAAAGGUGCUAAAGGCUCCAGUGGAGGAAUUAGACCAGGAAGGCCAGAGGCUGCUCCAGUGUAUCAGAUCGAGUGAUGGCUUUUCAGGGAGAAACUGCAUCUCAGGCUCAGCUGACUUUCAGAGCCUUGUGCCCAAGGUGGCCAGUCUGCUGGAUAAGCUGCAUUCCACCAGGCAACAUCUCCAUCAGAUGUGGCAUGUCAGGAAACUGAAGCUGGACCAGUGCUUCCAGCUGCGCCUCUUUGAACAGGAUGCAGAAAAAGUGAGUUACACCUAAAUAUGACCAGAGUGUGAGGAAGGACGAGGCUGGGAUGAGUACAAAGACAUCAGGGGCCUGUGCUGGCGUGUGCACCAGCUCUGAUAUAAUGCUGUUAUGCAUGCCUCAUUCACCUGCACUGCUUUCUGUUAAACGCACUGGGGUUAGUAUACCUGACCUGCAGACUAGAGCAGCCAGGGAUUGAAUGACCAGCCUUAGCUGACCUGUGCUACAUCCUGAGCUGCAGCCACAGUUCAGCAUAUCGAGGCUAUCUUCUUCUUCUUUGGGUUUGACAUUGAAAGAUAAGGCUAAGCUUUCACACUGAGGUAGUUAUCAGCUGGAUAAUAUGUUGUUCGUCUGCUGUUUCGGCCUGGCAAACCUUCAAUUGCCUUCAAGUUUCCUCAGAUAAUUUCAGGACACACUUUGUCGCUUGCUUGCGUUUCAUACUGAGGUACAGUGGGGCAAAAAAGUAUUUAGUCAGCCACCGAUUGUGCAAGUU